UGGCAAAGAUUUGCCAAAAUUCAAAAGUUGUUGAUCAGUAAAUAUGUCUCUAAACGAGAUGCAUUCUUCUCCUUGAAUUAUUUUCUUCUCUCUUGGUUUUAGAUCCCAAAAUCCUUCUGCAGUGAAAGCUGCUCCCCAGGGUACAGAAGAGCUGUACGUCAGGGGCAAGUUUGUUGCUACGACUGUGUUCUCUGCCCUAAAGGAGAAAUCACCAAUUUAAGUGAUAUGGACAACUGUCUAAAAUGCAAUGAAGAUCAAUGGACUGAUGAGAGAAGAGACAAAUGUAUUCAAAGAGAGACAGAAUAUCUUUCAUUCCAUGAUUAUCUUGGAAGUAUUUUGAUGGGCAUUUCUCUAUGUUUGUGUGCAACAGCCACAUUGAUAUAUUUAAUAUUUUAUAGACAUCGGAAAACUUGCAUUGUGAGGGCCAAUAAUUUAGUCCUCAGCUAUAUCCUCCUCUUCUCAUUGACAGUGUCCUUCCUUUCUUCCUUGCUGUUCAUUGGACGUCCAAGAAAUGUCACCUGUUUGGUUCGUCAAGUCACCUUUGGAGUUAUCUUUGCAACAGCACUUUCAACAAUUAUAGGAAAAACCAUCACAGUUAUUAUUGCUUUCAGUGCCACCAAACCCGGCAGCAAACUUGCAAAGUGGAUGAAAACUCAAAUUACCUACAGAAUUGUGCUGCUUCUUACUAAUGGACAAGUUGUAAUAUGUUUAUUUUGGUUGAUCUGUUCUCCUCCCUUUCCAGACACUGACACCAAAUCUAAGACUGGACAGAUUAUUCUGCUGUGUAAUGAAGGCUCAGUUGUUGCUUUCUAUAUAAUGAUUGGAUACAUUGGCAUCUUGGCCAUUGUUAGCUUCUUAUUGGCAUACUAUGCUCGCCGGUUACCUGACAGCUUUAAUGAGUCUCAGCUCAUAACUUUCAGCAUGUUGGUGUUCUGCUCUGUCUGGGUCUCCUUCAUCCCAGCCUAUAUAAACACCAAAGGCAGAUCUGUGGUGGCUGUGGAAGUAUUUGCUAUUCUGACUUCCAAUGCAGGGCUCCUGGGUUUCAUAUUUUUCCCCAAGUGUUACAUUAUUCUUAUUAGGCCUCAGCUCAAUAACAAAGAAAAUUUAAUGAGGAAAACAAAAAUCUAAACAAUUGUAAGUUAUGGCCCUUGAGGAAUCAUGUACUAACUAAGAAUAUACAGUACACUGUACAAUAUAUAAUCAAUUUGUAUACAGGUAUGGGACCUGUUAUCCAGAAUGCUCGGUUUUCAAGAUAAGGGAUCUUUCUGUAAU